AUGAACGUCGCCAGCGCUCGGAUUUGCAGUCAGCUGGAAACCGUGGAGAACAUCACGGACUGCCGUGGUCCGAUGUACUGCAGCUGGGAACCCUUCUUCUGGAUGGUCCCAGAACUGCACGAAAUCGACCAAUCAGAGAGCGCCGUCACGCCCAUGCAGGCUGUCGAUAUAUUCUCCGCUGGAUUGAUUCUCUACGACAUUCUGACUGCAGGAUCGUUAUACCGCAAAAUGCAGGACAUGUUCGAAUACACCCUGCAUAAUCCGCUGAUUGCUGCGGUGGAUUUUAUGGAGAUCGCCGAACUGGCCAGUGUGAUUCAUAACUGUCUAAGCAAACUUCCCGAGGAUCGACCGAGUAUCAAGCAGCUGCGCUCACAACUGCGCGAGCUGUCGCCGCUGCUAGCGCCGGAGAUGAAUCAGUAUAAACUUUUCGAUAAAGUUUACCAGCGGUUGCGUUUAUAUUCCAAUCAGUUGGAGCUGGACGUGAUCCUGCGGACCAAAGCGCUGCGGGACGCACGGCGGCGCUGUGAUGAACUGGUCAGCCAGUUCUUGCCAAAGGAAAUCGUGGACACUCUGCGGACCGGGCGCUUCGUCGCGCCCGAACUUUUUGACUGUGUGACCAUAAUAUUUUCCCAGCUGGAUGGGUUUGCCGGUUUCGCGCGUGGUGCAUCUCCAGAACGGUUAAUUGCCGUUAUGUCUGUAGUGGAGGAUUUCAUGGACGUGUCAUCUACCGUGUGCGACGUGUACAAAGUCGAAGCUGUAUCUGAUUCUUUUCUGGUCGCCAGUGGAUUACCAAACCGUAUCGGCUCGGAACAUGUCAGACGAAUUGCCGAUUUCGCCUUGCGACUGCGGCAGCUGCUGCCGUCGCUCGGUCUACCAGACGAGUUGCGCAUUAUGCUGGGACUGCAUUCAGGCCCAUGUGCCGCCGGAGUCAUCGGAAUGAAAAGACCUCGUUACUGUUUGUUUGGAGACACGAUCAAUGUGGCAUCGCGAAUGUGCAGCCAGGGACUGCCGGGACGGAUCCACCUCAGCUGCGCUUCCGCUGCACUUUUGCCAGAAUUUGACGAGCAUGGUUAUGUUGUUGAACUUCGGGGCUUGCAGCAAAUCAAAGGCCGUGGUGAUAUGAUCACAUAUUGGCUGACUGGAUCAUCAUGUGCAUAA